CCAUUAACGCAGGAAUGUAAUUUUUAUUAUAAAUAGGAGUCUUUGCCAUUUGAAGUAUAUAUAUUUUAGGCAAUCUUUAAUGUGUAUAUAUACAUGAUAUAUUGUCGUACAUUGUACGUAACUGUUGUUGUUGUGGUUUUUUUAAAUUCAACUUAGAACUAUUCUUUGUUAUUUCUUGUUAUAUUAUUAAAUGAUACAUUUUCAUCAUGCAUAUGUCGGACUAAUAAAAUGUACAAUUGAAUAUAGUGAUUUGUGACAGGGAAGUUAUGACGGUUAUAUAAUAAGGAAUUUAUAACAAUAGGAGUAAAUUAAUAUAUGAAAUAAAAAGGAAAAGCAACGAAUUUAUAACACAGAAAAUAAUAAGCAAUACUUAGUAUUUGAGAUAAAGAGAGAAAUUUAUAAUAUACAGAAAAUUUAGGCGAUUUAUAACAUAAAGUGAAACACAACAAGGAGUAAGGAUGUGUUUCAACAUCAUAGAAACAUUCUUGAUAUGUUUCCUAACUUUAACAAAUGCGAAGGACUCACCAAUCGUCAAAACAACCAAUGGUCAGGUUAAAGGCAUCGUGAAAAUUUAUCACAAUGAAGAUGUCAUACAAUUUAAAGGAAUUCCAUUUGCUAAGCCCCCUAUCGAUAAAUUAAGAUUCCAAAAGCCUGUCCAGCAUGAGAAUUGGACAAGCACUAUCAACACAAUAGCGUUUGGACCAUCUUGUAUCCAGAAUCUUUUGCAAAAUGAUGAAUGGCUUUUGGAAAACAAGACAAUAUCGGAGGACUGUCUCCAUUUAAAUAUAUAUGUGCCACGAGGCAUGGAUAAAGCUAAGCCUAAAGCUGUGAUGGUUUGGAUACAUGGUGGAGGAUUUACAGCUGGUCAAGGAACUCUCUUUGACGCAUCAUAUCUUGCACUCGAGGGUGACGUCAUUGUUGUUACUAUAAACUACAGACUUGGUUUGUUAGGAUUUUUAUCAACUGAAGAUGAUAAUGCCCCCGGAAACUAUGGAAUAUGGGACCAGAAACUGGCUAUCGAAUGGGUACAUGAUAAUGUUGUAAACUUUGGAGGAGAUAAAAACAGAAUUACAAUAUUUGGCGAAUCUGCUGGUGGUUACAGUGUUGGUCUCCAUACAAUAAUUCCAUCAAACAAAGGAUAUUUUCAUCGUGCUAUAUCACAAAGUGGAGCAGUUUAUAGCCCGAGAGCACUGGCUAGCGAUUCGAUACGCGUUGCUGUAGAAACCGGCAGACUUUUGAACUGCUCAAGAAAUACAAUGUCUGAGUUAAUACAAUGUUUAAGAAGUAGACCAGCGACAGACAUAUUAAAAAUACAAAACGAAGCAGUGUCUGGAUGGGAUAGCACUGAAAAUUUUAUUUCAAGACUAGGCCCUGUUAUUGACGGUGAUCUUAUUGUUGGCGAUCCUACAAAGCUUCUAAGGAAUACAAAUUCGAAUUCACACAAAUUCUUUCAGAGUUUAGAUAUAAUGGCUGGUACAAAUAACGCUGAAGGCGGUCUUAUGUAUUGGCGGAUGAUGAAAUACCAGGGGCCGUAUAAAUUUAAUAUUUCGGAAGGGAUACCUAAAGAAGCCUUGUGUGGUGUAAUUGCUCCAGCAAUUUACCAGAGUUACUUUAACAACAGCAAUUUGAGAAAUGAAACAUCUGAAGCUAUUUGCAAACAGUACACCGUAGAGCAUAUUAAGUCACUUGCGGAACAAGGGCGUAGUGCCGUUAAUGUAUAUGCUGACUUACAAUUUGUCGUUCCUACUGUCAGAACUUUAAGGGCACAUGCUGACGGGAAUAAAGUAAGCCAGACAUUUCAAUAUAUUUUUACUCAUCAACCGUCGUAUCCAUGGAUACAAGACCGUCCACCAUGGUUACAUGGAGCAAAUCAUGCUGGCGAGCUUCCAUUUGUGUUUGGAUUGGAAGCAAUGUAUCCUAAUGGAAGUGUAAAACCAUCAUCUGAAAUUGAAAUGUCUAAACAAAUUAUGAUUUACUGGAGCAAUUUCGCAAAAACAGGAAAUCCAAACAUUGGUUCAGCUAAACAUGCUGACGGACAAAUUCCACAAUGGCCUGCAUUUGAUACAACUACUAUGUCAUAUAUGAAUCUUACAGAGCAGCCACAAUCAGGGUCUAAGUUAUUUGAAGACAGAGUGAAUUUUUGAAUUGAAACCCUUCCUGCGAUAUUGAGAGUCGAUGUCAUAACUACAACACACAAAAGCAUAAACUCAGGUGCCAGGAUAUAUUGUUCUAUAUCUCUUGUAUUUCUAAUUUCUUUUAUGCAAAUAAAUAAUAUGUAUUGAAUUUCAUCAGUGAGAAGUAAUAUGUCAAUAAAUCUAAGGUGUUUUUAUUCAAAAUGUGUAAACUGAAGCAUUUCAUAGUUUUUCGGGAAAAAUGAUCAUACAAUGUGAAAUAUAUUAUGUUUUCACUUGCAUUAUUCUCUCUAGAAUAUUUUGUAACAAACACCCACGUUCAUUUACAAUAAUGCACUAGUAGAUCUUUUAUGUUUUGCAAUAUAUUGUGUAUAUUUCUAAAAACUUAAUAAGGUAAAUUUAUAAAUGUGGUAUUUUUGUAAAGAAUAUUAACUGUUUUAACAUUAUAACUAUUUUUGUAAUUGUUUCUCUAUACAAUGAUUAAUUGUCUAUAUUCUUGAUAACAGAUUUAUAUACAGUGUAUAAGGU